CACUACGAUACGCGCACACCGCUAGCGCUAGUGGGGGUGCAGCAGCUACCACGCGCACGGCAGCCGGCACCGCCAGCAUGAUCGUCCCCGCCGGCCUCUCCCCCUCCGCGGCGGUCGCCGUCGCGCUCGUGGUGGCGUCCUUGCACCUCGCCGUCGCCGCAGGAGCGCGCGCCGCCGGCCAGCCGUCCUUCCGCGGCCGCGACAUUGCCGGCAGCGGCGGCCCCUGCGCGCUGGCCGUGGCGCCGCUCGGCUACCCCUGCGAAGAGCACCAGGUGACGACGGCGGACGGGUACAUCUUGAGCCUGCAAAGGAUCCCGAGAGGCCGCGGCGGCGGCGCGCGCGCGGGGCAGCCGGUGCUCCUGCAGCAUGGGGUUCUUGUGGACGGCAUGUCGUGGCUGCUGGCGUCGCCGGAGGAGUCGCUGCCGUUCAUCCUCGCCGACCGCGGCUUCGACGUCUGGAUCGCCAACAACAGGGGCACGCGCUGGAGCCGCCGCCACGUCUCGCUCGACCCGUCAAGCCGGCUCUACUGGAACUGGUCCUGGGACGACCUGGUGGUGAACGACCUGCCGGCCAUGGUCGACUUCGUCUGCAGGCAGACCGGGCAGAAGCCACACUACGUUGGGCACUCCAUGGGGACGCUGGUGGCGCUCGCGGCCUUCUCGGAGGGCCGGGAGGUGGACCAGCUCAAGUCGGCGGCGCUGCUGACGCCGGUCGCCUACCUCGCCCACAUCACCACGCCCAUCGGCAUCCUGCUCGCCAGAGCGUUCGUCGGAGAGAUCAUCUCGGACUUCCUGGGCGUGGCCGAGUUCAACCUGCUAGCGCCUCCGGUGACGAGCCUGAUCAGGGCGUUCUGCCGCGGGCCUGGGGCGAACUGCUACGACCUCGUCGGCUCCAUCACCGGCAAGAACUACUGCCUCAACAGCUCGGCCGUCGACGUCUUCCUCAAGUACGAGCCCCAGCCGACGUCCACCAAGACCAUGGUCCACUUCGCUCAGACCGUGCGCGACGGCGUGCUGACCAAGUACGACUACGUGCUGCCGGAGCGGAACAUCGCCAGCUACGGGCAGGCUGAGCCGCCGGUGUACGAGAUGUCCAACAUCCCGGCGGGCUUCCCGCUCUUCCUCACCUACGGCGGCCGGGACUCGCUGGCCGACCCCGCCGACGUGCGCCUCCUCCUCGAGGACCUCCGGGGCCACGACCCCGACAAGCUGACGGUGCAGUACCUCGACCAGUUCGCGCACCUCGACUUCGUCAUCGGCGUCUGCGCCAGGGAGUACGUCUACAAGGACAUGAUCGCCUUCUUCGAUCGCUUCAACUAGUUCAGUGAGUGACCUCAAUUCAGUCUCAAGAGGAAAGAAAAAAACAAGGAAGAAAGGUCGCUACACAACCAGUGAAGAUUAUUCGUAAUAUCAGAGGUUAUAAUAUAAGUACCCAGUAAUUAAAUAGAUAUUUAGUUGAGAGAGCACGGAGGCUAGCUAGUAACUAGAUGUGAAACGGGAACGUUGCUGAUCACUGGAACAGUGAUCAGCAGAUGAGCCACACUGUAUUGCAAAUUUGCAGUUAAAGAAAUAUUAUAGUAGCUCAUAUAACCGUGUGCUUGCUUAUGUUAGUACCUCUCCUUGUCUGCUUGCAACAAACGAAUUUAGAAAAAAAACAUUUUAUUUUAUGAGAUUCAGUCUACAUCUACGUUCAGGAAGAAAUUUGAAAAUU